UGCAUUAGGAUAAAUUCCAAACAAUUUUACAAUUAAAACGUGAAUUGAAAAUAAACUUGUUUGCUGAAUGGAAACCUCAAAGACAUCCAAUAUCAAAUUUAGCAUAAAGCAAACACUUUACAAUAUUCAUAAUUAGCGACAUGUAUGUGCGAAUUUCAACAUGUUGGCAACAUUUAUUCUUGAGAAAUACUAUUUUAGAUAUGUGUAAAAUAUUGUAUUCGUGCAAAAUUUCAAAAAUCUCGAAAAAAUCGAUUUUCUGACAUUACUUAAAGGAUAUUUAGAGAAGCGCGCGCACUCGAAGGAGAAAAACACCGUAGAGCUUGCAGCUUUCUUCGUACUCGCAAUCGCGAGUGCAGUUAUUUAUAAAAUGUCCGCCAUUGGUGGCCGCGUCGAGAGGGACAAUUUAAUUCGUCUGCAAUUAAAGCAAAUAUUGUCCGACUGAUCACGUGCGGAUUGACAUUUCCAUCUGAUAGAUUCCCCAACAGCUUUUCGACGCAAAUGGCAAACUGGAAUGAUAGGUUCAUUACAAAAAUCCAUCAUUUGUUCUGUCGAAAGUGAGCUUUUUUCCGCGUCGCCGCGCAUGAUCUCUUAUUUUCUUAUUGUUGCUUAGAGCGUCUUUGCUGUUACGCAUGAUUUACGCCACGUGUACAUGCACGGAGACCCACUGUGUGAACAGGUGUCUUUUCUUUUGGAAAUCUCAUUUAGAUCAUCGGGCUAAUGACGCUUGAAAAAAGAUGUGGUGAAAUUCAAGAGAACCUUAGUAUGUACAUCGGUUUGAAUCGAAUGUUAACGUAGUUAUGUGUUUUGUUUUCUUAUCUGUUUUAUUUUGAUUUAAGCAAACCUUUUGUCUUUCCGUUCUAAAUAAGAGAUAAUAAUUUAAUGUACAAUAAAAUAUUUUUAAUUUAAGCUUCAAGUUUGAUACAAUUCAAAGUAAAGGGGAAAUCUUUAUUAUAUUUUACAUAUACACUUUUUAAAAUGAAUAAAAGAAUUCUGAAGAAUUAAUUCUUGCCAAUAGGUUUAUUUUUUUUGAACUUAUUGGCUAACUAAAACCUAGUAACUCUAAUAAUAAUUAACAUAUGUCGUUUUUCAAUGCCUUUUCUACACACGUAGAAGUUCAUUGAGUUACGACACUUCUGAAUUAAUUUUCAUACAAUUAAUUACAAAUAUGAAAAGAUAGUUCAAUAACUUUUUAUAUAGAACAUCUCUAAGAAGUUUUUUGUAUAAUUGUUUAUUAGAAAAAAAUUGUCUAUGAAUAUGUCUAAGAACUUAAUUACAAUGCUUUCAGUUUUUCAAGAAAAAGAAAUUUGCGGGGCAAAGUUGUCGAAUUGCAAGUACACAGAAUGUUAAUAAACAAAUGAAUACAUAAUACAGUGCAAGGAUUUUCCCAAAUUUCUAAUCGCGCGAUAACGUAUAAGAGUUGCACAUAUUCUAUUGUAAGCGCGCGUGCGUUUACGAUAUUUAUAAUAGAUAAUUAUUAACUGCUACGCAGAUGCAUUCGCGUGGAAUAACGUACCCGCGAUUCCCGAUCGUGCGAUCGGCACGCUCGCGAUAAGUGGGGAUGGAUUUUCGGAUCGCGCGUGUAACGUAAUAUUUAAAGCGCCGGGACGACUCCGAUCGAUGCGUCGAUCCAUCGUCAUCGACUUGUGACGGUCGUAAGGGAAGUCACCGGCGUCUCUGUACUCACGAUCGUCAGUCGCAGAUUAGGCUUCUCCGCGACCGACUAUAGUGCCUGCCGCAGAUCUGCCUCCGGUCCUGGAAAUUUUUCUGGGCGCCGCAUCAUGGUCAGCCGCAUCUCCACCAUCUCUCUCACGAUAGAGAAAGAGACCAAGAACCAUGGGGCCAAUGAAGGUACCACAGACUUUGAGAAGGCCAUGGAUAUAUGUGGAAAUGGAAGGUAUCAAUAUACUUUAUUGCUGGUUUGCGGCGUGAUGUUCAUUUGUGUCGGCUGCCAGUUUGGAGCAAACGCCUACAUCCUGCCGUCAGCUGAGUGCGAUCUGAACAUGAGAUCCGAGGAGAAAGGACUGUUGAAUGUCGCCUUCCUCAUAGGUUCGGUGUUCAGCGCUCUUUUCUGGGGAGUCUUCGCGGGCGCCUAUGGAAGGAGAAAUAUCCUGCUGUUAAAUCUUUUCGCUGACAGUAUCAUUACGUUGAUCGCAAGCUUCUCACAAAGCUUUAAGAUGCUGCUAGUAUUCAGAGUCAUAAGUGGAUUCUUAAUGGGUGGACCCGGCUCCUUGGUGUAUACAUACCUCGGCGAAUUCCACGCGGAAAAGCACAGAGCGAAGAGCAUCUGCUUCCUAGGCUUUUUCUUCACUCUCGCCUGGUUAAUUCUGCCUGGUUUAGCAUGGAUAAUCAUACCGUUGCCGAUAUCCCUCAAUUUUUACGGCAUCCAGUACAAUUCCUGGAGAUUAUUCCUCAGCGUUAUCAGCCUGCCAACUUUCGCUAUUGCCGUCGUAACCCUAUCGUAUCCGGAAAGUCCGAAAUUUCUGGUGUCGCAAGGGAAGACCGACGAGGCUCUCGCGGUUCUCCGAACGAUAUACGCGGUGAACACCGGACACGAUAAAAGCGAGUUUCCGGUAAAAGAACUUCUCUCCGACGCCGUGUUCGAAGUAGAAAAGGACAAGGUACCAUUGUCGUCGUCGGAUAUGCUGACGGAAUUGUUGAAAAAUAUUUGGUGGCAAUUCCGUACCAUAGCAUCGCCACCUCUUUUGAAGUACGCUUCCCUCCUGUGGACGAUUUAUUUCACGAACAUGUUUGGAUACUUCGGUUUUAAUCUCUGGCUACCGGAGUUAUUCAAUCGCUUCGAAAACUAUCAUCAAUCUCACCCGAAUGCAUCCGUGACCGUCUGCGAACUGAUACACGACACGCAGGCGUUAAAUCACACGAUCCUGGAGGAACCGUUCCUUCUUUUGGCAAACGGGGUUACUACGGAUUGCGAACCUCAUAUAGAUGAGCGGGUAUUCAUUAACUCUUUGACGAUCAACGCCGUUUGUCUGCUCGGCAAUGUCGCUUCUGGAUAUCUAGCAAAUCGAGUUGGCCGUCGAACGAUGCCAGUGACCAUGAUGCUGGUGGCUGGCAUCGCUGCCCUCGGUAUCUACUUUGUGAGGUCUUCGCUGCAGAUCCUCAUAACCGCGUGCGUGUUCUCCCUGAUGACGACCACGGCGAAUUUCGUGAUUACCAGCGUUGCGGUCGACGUUUUCCCUACGCACGUGUCCGCCGCCGCGGUGUGCAUGAUGGUGUGCCUAGGAAGGUCCGGCGCGGUGGCGAGUAAUCUUGCUUUCGGCAUGCUGCUGGAUCUUAGCUGCGAGAUCCCGGUAUUCCUGGUGGCCGGUAUCUCUAUAUUUGGUGGGAUGUUGUGCUUCUUGAUCCCAAGCAAGGAGAAGAAGUGAAUACCGACAUUUGAAGAAAAAAUAGACUUAAAUAAAUUUCAAGAAGAGAACAAUCUGAAGUGCCGAACGAGGUGUUUCGUGUUUUUUUUGUUUAAUAAGAUAUGCCAUUCGCGCAAAGUCUGAAAUAUAUAGAGUGUUUUGUAAAUAAUAAUUAUAAGCAUCGCUCGUUAGGAGUUCUCGGUUUCCUAACACUUGUAGGAAAAUCUAUGCGCCUUUCGUAAUCUCAUCGCACGUCAAGAUGUUCAGUGAAAUCGUAAUGCUCAACGAUUAAUUUCCAAUUAAUAGCAAAUUUGUUGUUUAUUUACUAAAAAUGAAAUAACGAAUCGUUCCUUAUCAGUCAUUAGCUUAAUAUCGGCUCGUCAAUGACGCUCUGAUUUCGCUGAUCAGUGAUACAUUCCAUAUCAUUUUAUUACGAUCUGUACAUCGUGCGCUUAUCGAUCAAGUCAUUUGUAAAUAAUUAUUUCAAUAUUUAUUAACCCAUAUUAUGUAAUGCGUGUGGCGCGUGUAAUGCGCCGUCGACGCGUGUCUCGUCGUUCGCGACGAGGCAUGCGUAACAAACGAUCAUUUGCGAUAAUGUACAAUGUUAGAAAUAAAAUGUCUGACAAAGUGAGAGAA